AUGGAUCAGUGGACGGGCGUGCAUCGGGCGUUCAUAAUACGCGCCUAUUAUAGAAAUAAUGAUUCCAUAAGCACAGCGCAGCGCAUGUUUAAGAAACAGUUCAGCAUUUAUCAGAUCCCGCCCACAAAUGUGAUCAAGAGCUGGCUGCGGCACUUUGAGUGCACGGGUUCCUCUCAAGCGGGCGGCUGCACGGCGCGUUCCUCCAUUCCCCAAAUCUUCUGCACCAUUUGCAAUCAGUGCCUGAGCAAUGAGAAGAAUUUCAGCAGCUCCAUCAAAUAG